GAAAAAAAAGUAGUCGAAAACAAACCCAAAAUCACCACCACAUCACACCUCCCGCCACCAAAAAUGGCAUCUAAAUUCCUUCGUAUAAACCGCAACUUCCUCUUCGCCCGCCCAAGCGCGCGGCUCACCUCUACACCACCAUGUGCAUUGCGCCAAAGCAUCAUCUCCACCAACGACCUAAGCAACCACAGCACCCGCUCCUUCUCCCUGACCUCCAAGCAAGCCCUCCAAAUCAACUCAAACUUCAUAUCGCAAAUCACCGCCGCCGAAAAGAAAAUCACGGGCAGCGACAAGCCCGUAGCCAACGGUCCAACCGCAAAAGCCCAAGCACACGUCGGCCAGACACUCACCGCGAGCAUAAUCCACGACAUCACAAUGGGCGAGAAGAGUAUAACAGGGAGUGAUGAGCCCGUAAAGGGUGGCCCCACAUCCGUCGCUCAAUCAGCCUUGACAUCUGGCAACAGCCCUAACAGCAACAACAACAACGACUCUGCAAAUGCAAACACAUCUUCAAACACGACCCACUCCGGCACCCUGGAUUCAGCGACGCUGCACAAAAUUACAGAGGCCGAGAAGAAACUCACGGGCCAGAACCGUCCGGUUAAGGAUGGGCCUACGGCGCAUGCGCAAAGUCAUGCGAAUGAGCCGAUUACUAGUCAGGCGCUGCAUGAUAUUACUGUCGGGGAGAAGAAGGUUACGGGUGGGGAGAGGGUCAAGGGGGGUCCGACGGCUACGGCGCAGAGUGAGUUGAGUAAGAGUCGAGCUUGAAGCUGAAUUAUGCAUGGACGAGAGGGGAGCGUGAUUAGCUCGUUUGUUUAAGAGCUAUAUGUAUCGAUAUUAUGUGUAUCUAAUAAGUAAAACGUGUGGAGAAGGCUAUUGUACGAUAUGAUUUAGUUGGAGUAUAGGGGUGGAGGGGAAGAAACAUACAAGGACGACUGGAUACGAUUGUACGAUAAAAGAGUCAUGACUAAACAUCACACGCGAUACAUGGGAAAGAAACAACGUUGUACCUGCCCACCUCUAUCCCUCUCCUAUCUCAACCACUCUUCAG